UUCGAGCAGAAGGGUAUCGCGGAGUGCGGUGCUCCGCAGACAGAGAAGCAGAGCAUUACGCGGAUAAGUGUCGCUCGGGUACAGUGCGGACCAUGCCCCGUCGCGCCGUUGCCCGCUGGAUGGUGCCGCUGGCCGUGCUCGUCUGCCUCUGGGAGUGCGGCGCCGACCGGUACACCGCCAAAACACUGCGGCGCUACCUCAAGGAAGCCAUCGCUGAGGCGCUGCUUGAACACCGCAGUGAGUUCCUGCCGCCGGAGACAGCUCCGACCACCUCACAGUGCGGGUGCCCGAAGCAGUUCGUGCCGUGCGCCGGCCGCUGCUACCGGCGGCUGUCCCCGGCCGUCACGUAUGAACAAGCUGAACAGGCGUGCGCGCAGGUCAACUCGCACCUGGCGGUGCCGCGCACUCGUGACGAGAACCUAUGCGCCGCCGGUCUGGCCCGCAACCGGCACAUCUGGCUGGGAAUUACCGAUCAGCUCACCGAGGGAGUGUUUGUCGACACCUUCGGCCGGUCGGUGACAGAAGAGCUUACCCAGGUGUGGUCCGCAAGCCAACCAGACAACUACAAUGGUACAGAAGAUUGUGUUGAGAUUUGGCCGGAAAACGCAUUUAAUCUCGGUUCCAAGUUCGCCGAAUGGAAUGACAAACACUGCUCUGAACUGGGAUACCCAAUGUGUCAAUUGGCAUGAUAAGAAACCUGUAGUUCGAGAGGUUGAUAUAAUGCCUAGCCACCUGCUGAGAAGUCUGAAUUACGCGGCUACACCGGAGUACGUUUUACCAAGUGAUCCAAGUACAGCUACCUGAAGGACCACCGGUUUUAUAUUUCAGCAAUGUGGGUGCGGUACGACGGUGCAAGACGCCUCGCAGGGUGAUGAAAAUGGUGCACCCAGAACUAGACGCUCACCAGCGAGGGUAUGGCAACCCAGUGUGCCGUAGCCAGGAUGCGCCUUCGCCCAGCUGGGCCGCCUGAACAUUGACCCGAACCGGCGACAGAUCGAUUCACUGUCUGGUAGCCGAUGUCACCCUGUUGCUGCACGGUGACCGGCUGGCCUCCACCCCUUGACAAUGGAAGCACACAAUAUGCAGAGGCAGCUAGCGUAGAACGCCAGACGUUAAGAUCGUUCUGUGAGUUGCUACUUCGUGAUCGUAUUUUGCGUUAUCCGUUGACUGUCGCAUCAUUCACGUUGUGAGUCGGGACCGAUUGCGUUUGGUUUAGAAUUAUUUCCGCUCCGCUUCCCCUCAAUUCCCAUCUCACGGUUCGCGGCAGUGCUACUUAUCUUGGCAUAAUGUUCUAGUGAUUAAUUGGGCGCCAUGUGAGGGCUGAGAAAGACAGGCCUGAAUUGUCAUCAUUGUCAUCAUCAUUGUCAUCACGUCUUUACGAUAGGCUGCACGAAUAUUGGCGUGCGCUGUCAGACGCUUGUGUUGCUGUUCUGCAUACCGGUGUGCGUGUGGGCUACCUAUUUAUCGUGAUAGUCAGAGGCGGCUGAACAUUGCCAAAUGCAUCAUGAGGCCAAUGGAGGGGAGCAUUCAGGUCAAUGGCCGUUGGACCACGCUCAACGCUCAUAUUCUGACGCAUUGCAAUCGGUAGGUACCGGCUGACAUUGUUUAAGAAUUUAAAGUUGUGCAUCUCGGAAUCUAACAAUU